GCGUGUAAACUGGUCGAAAGGGCCUUUUACGCGCGCAAAACGUAAACAACUCCCGGUUUUCAAGAGUGUUGGUUUGAAUAUUUCGCGUUUGUUAAAUUAAUUUCUUGUAAAUUUCGUCGAAAUGACUGCAAAUAAGCAUUUUUUCAUACUCGAAGAUCCGGUGAAAUCAGAACUUGGCAGCGACUCCGACCAGCUGCAAAUAAUCACGCUGCGCAACCCAGCUACUGGCAAAGCGUCUAAAUAUUUACUGCGGGAUGGAGGCAAACUGCUGUACGAACUAAACUGCUUCAAUGAGCCGAAAAGAUCUUGGUUCAUGGACGAAUCAGUUUGCUCUAACGGUAAAAUCUACAUCCCGACCCGGAUGGACCCACUGUUCCUUAUCAUUCCUUACUUGGAGAAGAACUGCACGGGAAAAGCGGUCCCCCUGGAACACAUAUUGGCGGACAAUGAAUUCCCGCAUUCAGAAAAGCUAACAUCCACUGUACAAGAGGGUCAAUUAGCCAUGGUGGCUGACGAGAAAAAGGCCGGAAAUUUUCGUGCUUACAAAUACAAUGAAGAAAAAGUUCUAGACUGGCUUAGCAGGAAAUGCCAUCUACUCGAAAAAUCGUUGGCAAAAACAACAAAAUAUUCGCAAUCUCAUAAUUUUGUGAAAGAAGAAAAGGAAAACGACCCUCAAGAUCAGCUCCAGGCUGGCGAAAUGAUACACUACGCCCAUGGGGUGUUGUCCGACUAUUUAAGCCUAGAUCUGAGCGGGAAGCUGUCCAAGACCCUUGGGAUACCGGAAGAAAAAACGGGUGGCAACAACAAGCGCAAGUCAACGGCUGAAAUCGAAAUCAGCCAAAUAAAGAAAGUCAAAAAAGAGGAAAUACACGAAACGACUCCCAUCAAGGCCGUCGAGAAAAAGGUAAGUGCCAAGUCGAAAGCUUUGGCCAAAGCUGCCACCAACACGAAAAGUAUUGCAAGUUUUUUCAAGAAGUAAUAUCGUUUAUUUAAGCUAUAAGUUAUUAAAAUCUAGUUGUUCGUGGAAUUAUACAUUUUGCUUCAACAUAA